AUGUUGCUGUGGCUUCUCGCCUUUGCAAUUGUCUGUGCUAUCACCGUGCUGGCGGCCGACAAUUUUGACGCACAUAAAGACGUCACCUUAUAUGCUGCCACAACCGCUGUCGGCAGAAUUCCUGUUUCGCUGCUUCUAUUCUUAGCAGUUAAUAUGACUGCUGGAACAAAAAAGAUGUCAGAAAGACAUAAUUUAUCUGGCUUGGAGUCUCUGAGGGGAGUAACGACGUGGCUUCCUAAAUAUGACACUUACUCAGCCGAAACGACAACGCGAAGUCUACAAUCCAACAGUUGGUCAGAUAUUAUUCAGUCCUGUCCACCACCCAAGUAUAUAGGUAUAGCAAAGAAAUUGCCAUUUAAAGGCAUAUUUUUCCACACGAUGAAGUUUCUGGGAACACAAUUCCUGCAAGAUUACUUGAACAUUGCGUCGCUGGCCAACUUGGCGACUGUCGAAUAG